CGCAAACAGCUGUUACUUGUCAAGCUUGUCAAGCAGUCACAUAAUCAAGAUGGCUGGAACUAAAGUGCUCCGCUCCUUGCUACACGAAUUGCGUCAGUCGGCAAAAGAUCCUGGAGGCAUUAAGAACUCACUGGCCGCCCGCUACAUUCUGGCGCAGUACAAAAAAUUCGAAACAACCGAUCAGCAGUUGUGCAAGGCUCGCAACGAGGCAAUCUUUCUGGGCCAAACAUAUUUAACCUAUCUUAGCAGUUUGCGCAAAUACAACGAACUCUACAAGGAGUACCAUGGUCGUGGGGAACGCACGGUGAAGGAAACAGCAGACCUUGUCGGCUUCAAGCUGCCUACAGACCCGAAGUGAUGUUAAUUUAGCAAUGUAAACUGUGCAGUGUUGGCCCAUAAAUAUGUAUAAAUUGAA